CAGUUGCCGAAAAUCUGUAACUUUCAGACUGUAACUCUUCGCCUUCUGGCCUCUAAAUAAGAACUAUCGCUUUGGCGAGCAGCGGCUUGCUACACACUGCCAGCAUCAUGGUCGUCCCACCCACGAAAAAUGAUAUGCAGCUGUUCAGGACCAAUGACUAUUCUGUUAUCGACGGGGCUCAUGUGGCACUCCAGACUCUUGCUACUGCAUGCAAUACCGAGCUACCACUCGUGUUCCAGAAUCAAAUGAAAGAUAUCAUUUUUACUGCCACGACCCCUGGUACUGAUACGAUCUGCUUCCCAUGUCCUCUCCCAGAACAAGAUCUUGGUUCAGCUCUGAAAGCUAUGGAGGGUUGUGUGGCAGCCAUUAUUGCCGAUAUUCGGUACGGACGUCAGGAGAGGAAAAUCCACGUUGACGUAGGGAAGGUAACUUGCUUUUUGAUGUCUGCAUAUUUGACAACCCUUGACGGCAUGGGUAAAAGUGACACAAGAAUAAAAGAUCGGCUUCCUGACACGGACCUCAACCAAGCCCAAUCUAUACUCUAUAGGCGGUUGUCUGCCAAUCUCUACGAAACACGGAUCACAGGAGAAUAUUAUCAUAUCCAUGGGUCGCUUGAUGCGACCACAACUUUGGGCAUGUUGGGCUUGCCUCCUUUUGCCCCAGGCUUGACCGACUACCAUGAGUGCAUCAAAAUCAUCGAAACAGCCGUAAAAAAACAUUCGACCGCUGAGCUGGAAGAACUGAACCGGCGUUUUCGUCAAGCUGGUAUACCUGCAUUAACGAGAGACCAAUUCCUGAAAACGCGUCACGGUCAGGCUUUGGCAAAUAUUCCGCCUUUCACGGUCCAGACCCUGGGUAGUAGCACAACGCCUCAGCCAUUUCCGUGUACGGAUGCUCCAGCUGGUGUACGACGAUGCCUCACAGGAAUACGAGUUAUAGAGCUGUGUCGCGUCAUAGCUGGCCCGACCAUAGGUCGAUCCCUUGCAGCCCACGGCGCCGCUGUUCUCAAGGUCACCUCACCAAAACUACCUGACGUGCCUUUCUUUCAGCUAGACGUAAACACGGGGAAGCAUACGAUAUCCCUACACCUCAAGGACUCGGACGAUCGUGCCAAAUUUGAGGAACUCCUAUUGUCUGCGGACGUCAUUAUUGAUGGUUAUCGUCCUGGCGCUCUUGCGUCGCUAGGGUACAGCCUAGAAUCACUCGCAGCAAGAGCAUCAAUCCAUAAACGUGGAAUCGUCUACGUGGCAGAAGACUGCUUUGGUGGCACCAGAGUUCCUGGCGCAGAUUGGUCUUCCCGCCCUGGCUGGCAACAAAUCGCUGACUGUGCAACGGGUGUCGCUUGGGAGCAGGGCUCGUUCAUGGGGAUCGGCGAGCCGGUUAUCCCGCCCUUUCCGAUUUCAGAUUACGGUACUGGCAUCCUCGGCACUGUGGCGGCGCUGACGGGUAUCUAUCGGCGAGCCACGGAGGGCGGCUCCUGGAUUUGUCGCACCAGUCUUUCGCAAUACAAUCUCUUCUUAUUGUCCCUGGGUACGCUUCCACCCGUCGUCCAAGACCAACUUCGGGAGAGCCAUGACCGCGCUUUCUUCGGCUUGAGACACAGCGAUAGUGUAGAUGAAGUUGGUAGGCGGGCCUUGAGGAGCAUGAGAAGACUGCACCCGGCUUUGUUCUCUGAUGACAUAAUGCUGAGUGCAUACAGUCCGGGCUUUGGCGGUGUCAUCCGCUGGCCAAAGGAACCACUAACUGUAAGUGGCCUGAAAAUCGGGCAUGUAAGAACUGCGCGGCCAAAUGGCUACGACUCUGCUACCUGGGAAGAAUGGGAAACGGAUGAGGACCUGUGAAAUGUCUGAUUAAGACAUUCAAAGUAGUGUCUACACGAUACGAUCUGCAACAAAUUCUUGCGCAGGUGUGGCAUUUUUCUUGCUCUUUUCUAGCUCUUUUCUAGCUCUUUUCUUCUUCUGUGGCCUUAUAGUCUUGUAUAAUUGGCAAGGACAUAUAUAUACACACUUGCCUAGUUUCUACAAGAAGGCCUACUAAAGACCCCGCGAACUGUUUUUACGGAUAUAAUGUUUUAUUCUCCGGACAAUAAUGACC